AUGUCGACCAGCUCGGCCUUCCUCAGGUUCUGGCUGUCGGAGCCCUGCCGCGACGCCUUCCUGGCCCGCGUCGACAAGGCCGACCUCGCCAACUGCCGUCUUGUCUGCCACGACAUGAGCACCCGCGUCGCCCCUUUUCUGUUUGAAGACAUCACCGUCACCUUCCGCCCGAGUACCUUUGCCCGGCCCGCCCGCAUGGAAGCCCUGGAGAGCAUCGGUCCUCGCGUCAAGUCCCUUACCUUCCGCAUGCCGCAUUCCGCGGACACGUUCCUGCCGCCGCUCAUUGAUCCCGUGACCGGCGAGCAAAAGAGCCUGGUCUACGAGCCGCAGAUCCACAAGCCGCCAACCCUCAUCGGAAAGAUGAAGACGCCCAAGUACGGCUCCUGGGAAAUGACGGACCUUCUCAUCAAGCAGUACCCUCCUGUCUUCCACGCCGCCACCAACGUCCCCGCCUUCAUCCGCGCCCUCCAGGCGCUUCCCGGCCUGGUCCACCUGAAGCUUGACUGUCCCGACCAGGAGCUUUCGCAGCGCCACCGACGCAGUGCGGUCGAUUAUGCGCUCAUCUCCCUCCGGAUCGCCGUUGAACGUGCCCAACUUCCGGAGCUGGACACUCUGACCAUCAAGGCCAUACACCCUGCCGGCCUCCUGUACCUCCAGCCAACCAUGGGCCCUGGUUCCACGCCGGCGUCGAACAGAAGAUGGCGCCAGAUCAAGAAACUCGCCAUCCACCUGGACAGCCAGCCCUAUCUGGAGGGCUCAUCGUCGGAACACCUCCGACUCCUUCAUUCUUAUCUACGCACCUUCUCCCUCUCCAUCAACAAGCUGCUCUUCCGCUGGAGGGGCGAGAAAGGACCGUCGCCGCUCUCGCUGGAUCUGGAGCCCGGACUGUCGCCCCCCAGCACCCCGGAGUCGGGCGCGAGCCGACCCACGGGCAUCCGCGCGCUCAAGUUCGCCAGCCUGCUCUUCUUGGAACUCGAGAACGCAGUCAUGGACUCGUCCCAGAUCAGCACAUUCAUCAUCCGCCACCGCCGUUCCAUCACCGAGUUCAACUUCGAGGACGUCGCGCUCCGCACGGGCACGUGGGACGACGCGCUGGCGCCGCUCACGCGCAUUGCGGGCAGCGAAGAGUGGAAGAACCGGGCGGAAGAAGUCAUGGACGUGCCCAUCGUCCUCAGCCCGGUCGACGAGAUCAAGCCGGACCUGCUCAUCACCGACGAGCUAGACGACCUCAAGGGCACGCCCGAGUCGCGAUCGGUCAGCAAAUGGUGGUCGCGCACCCGCAACAGCAAAGUAACGGCCAAAGCCAAGGAACAGCUUGUCGAAGCGGAAGAGCACAUGCGCAAGUUCCUGUUCCCUUGGCGCUAA